UGGCGGUUGACCGGAAUUGAAGUCUAGACCGGUCUCUGAAGUUACGUUUUUUAAAUCAGUGCAUCGGGUUAGUUUAGUUACCAUCACAAAACAAGUUAAUACUACAUGUCAUACUAAAGCAGCCGGUCGUUAAUCACCGCAGCGAUGAGCUUUCCUCACAACUCUUCUCACCAUUCGCCCAGACUGGAUUCUGUGAUUCAGAAGUUGGAGUUUUCUAUGCUCAACGCGGACGGCUGCCCUGAAGAGGUGAACUAUGGACGUGUACUCACUGGGGACAGUGUGGACACGCCCACGCCCACCGCCGUGUGUUCGCGCAUGCGCCAGAUCGUCACCCGCAGCCUGGCGGAGCCGCCACGUGGGGAGCCCUCUGAAGGGGGUCUGACACGGAGGGACCCCCGGUCCCAGCUGGAGGACCGGACCCCCAGCCCCACCUACCGGGACCCCCUCCAGCUGGAGCAGAUGCUUACCUCGCAGAGCGCUGCGGACUCGGACCAGGAGAGUUGUGGCGGGGAGCGGCAGCAGGCGAGGGCCGUGGAGCGGGCCUACCAGCUCAAGCUGCAGGCCUGCCAGGAGGGCCAGCAGAGGCAGGCCCAGCUGGUCCACAGGCUGCAGAACAAGGUGCUUCAGUACAAGAGGCGAUGUGGAGAUCUGGAGGAACAAGUUCUGGAGAAAACAUCAGAGUCUGAGAAGCUCAGGCUGUCUCUCCAGACCCACCUGGACUCCACCCAGCGUCUGCAGCGGGCGGAGCAGGACCUCCACGCCGCCGUGCAGUCCAAAGACCAGCAGCUGGGGGAGGAGCACAAGAGGUGUGCCAGCCUCAGCCAGGUGAACUCCCUGCUCAGGGAACAGCUGGAGCGGGCCACCGCGGCCAACCAGGAGCUGAGCUCCACCAACCAGGACCUGAGCUCCACCAACCAGGACCUGAGCUCCACCAACCAGGACCUGAGCUCCACCAACCAGGACCUGGCCUCCGCCAACCAGGACCUGGCCCAGAGCCUGGAGAGGGCCCGCCACGACGCAGAGCUCAGCGGCUCCCGGCUCCGCCUGGAGCAGGAGACGUGUGUCUCCCAGCUGGGCCGCGAGCAGGCCCGCGUCAGGGCCCUGUGGCGCCAGUCGGCCUCCCUGAGGACCGCCUUCACCCAGCUCAGGGCCUUCACUGACAGGGCCCUGGCGGACAUGCGCGUGGACUGUGUGGCGACCGGCCGUCAGCUGAAGCAGUCCGUGGCCUCCCUGGGGGCCCGGGCCCUCCAGGACAGCGCCUCCAGUGGCGUGGAGCUGACGGCGCUGCAGGCGCAGCUCAGGGAGAAGCUGAGGGAAGCCAUGCAGCUCCAGGGCCGCUGGGACGCCGAGAAAGUAGAGCUCAACUCCAGGAUCGUGGAGCUGACGGACAUGGUGCAGCAGCGGCGCAGUGAGAGCAGUGAGAAGGACCGCAGCCUGGCCGCCCUGCAGCUCAGCCUGGACCGCAUGAAGUCCAGCAGGUCAGACGAGGGGGGUGAGAUGGAGGCCCUCCGCGCUGAGGUCACUGAGCUGCAGCACACUCUGCGCCAGGUUCAGCAGAUGGUGGGCGGUGAAGGUGACGGCAGUGCGUCCUCGUCUCCCCAGAAGACCGCCACCCUGAAGAGCCUGCAGAGAACCCUGAGCCGACACCAGACACUCUCCCAGGAGCUGCGGGGGCGUCUGGACGGAGCGCUGGAGCAGGUGGGGGUGCUGCGGGGGCAGCUGCAGGAGGAGCAGGCCGAGAGGAGGAGGCAGGAGCAGGAGAGCAGGAGCAGCCUGGAGGAGAGCCAGAGGGAGGGCAGACGCUGCUGCUCCUCACUGGAGCUGCUCACCAGGGAGAAGGCCGGUGUGGAGGAGGUGCUGCUGGCCGUACAGCAGGAGUUGGAGGAGCUGAGGAGCUCGUCUCUGGAGCUCCAGAGACAGAGAGACCUCCUGGAGAGACGGCUGGCCUACCAGCACACAGAGACCCAGAGAGGUGAGAGGAGCGUGGACCAGUUGGAGGAGAAGCAGUCUGAGCUGCGCAGGGAGGUGGUGGGUCUGAAGGAGGUGCUGAGUCAGGUGACCCUGCAGAAGGAGGUGCUGGAGGAGGAGAAGGCCAGCCUCGCUCUGGCCCUCACCAGGGCGGAGGUGCUGCAGGCGGACCAGGAGCUGUCUCUGGGCCGGCUCCAGAAGCAGGAGGCUGCUCUGAGGGACUCUCUGGCCAAGAUGGGUGCCCUGAGCGAGGGCCUGGCCAGCGACAAGGUGGAGCUCACCCGGCUGCUGCUGCAGGUGGAGGGGGAGAAGGCGGAGCUUGGCGAGCGCCGUCGGGAGGCGGAGUCUGAGCGCGCAGCCUCGCGGGGGGAGGGGGCCCGCCUGCAGCAGCAGCUGGGGGACCUGGGGGCCGAGAAGCGGGCCCUGGAGGCCUCCCAGGGCCUCCUGGGGGAGGCGCGGGACCGACUGGAGGAGGAGCUGGGCGCGCUACAGAGGGAGAACGCCCAGCUCCUGGAGCAGCACGCGCAGGUCAGCCGGAGGCUCCAGGGGGCGCUGGAGGAGCUGGCAGCCAGCCGGAGGGAGGCGGAGGACCAGGCCUGCGCCCUGAGGAGAGGCUGCGGCGAGCGGGAGGAGCAGGUCAAGACCGGGGCCGCCCUGGAGGUCCAGCUCAGCUCCACCGAGCGCAGGGCCUGGGGCCUCACCCAGGACCUGGCCGCCGUCAGGGCGGAGAAGGAGUCCCUGGUGGCCGCCCUGUUGGAGAGCCAGGAGCUGGCCUCCUCUCUGGAGGAGGAGCAGGAGGGGAUGGAGGGGGAGAGGCGUGGUCUGCUGCAAGCCAAGGAGGCCCUGUCGCGUGAGGUGGGCCGGCUGCAGGCGGAGGCCCAGCGGCAGGCGGUGCAGGCGGGGGUGGAGAGGGAGGGCCUGGAGCAGCGGCUGGUGCAGGUGGAGCGGAGCCACCAGCUGAGCCUCAGCAGCAGGGACCAGGCCCACCGGGACCAGCUCCACGCCCAGCGGGCCGACGUGGAGCGGCAGCACGCGGCCCUCCAGGUCGCCGCGCUGCAGGCCCAGAGGGAGCACGGCGAGCUGGAGCAGCAGCGGCAGGCGGAGGAGCUGCGGGCGCGGGGCCAGGAGGUGCUGCAGCAGGAGGUCAGCCGACUGACGCAGGAGCACCAGCAGAGCCUGCUGACCGCCCAGAGCCAGAGCACACAGGCUCUGCUCCAGAAGGAGGGGGAGAAGGCGGUGCUGGUGGAGCGGCUCCAGGGGCUCCAGCAGGACCUGGUCUCCGCCGGCCUGGACCUGCAGCGCACCAGGAGAGAGGCCCAGAGCCGGCUGGAGCAAGACAAGGACUCCCUGGCGCUGCUGCAUGGGGAGCUGCAGCAGCUACAGACGCGCCUCCAGGAGUCUCAGAGCAGCCAGGAGAACCAGAAGCUCACCCUGACGGAGCAGGUCAGAGAGCUGGGCCAGCAGAGGGGCCAGCUCCACCAGGAGGUGCAGGUGGUCCGCCGGGCGCUGCAGCAGGCGGAGGAGCAGCGGGAGGCGGGGCGCGGCGAGCUGCAGGAGGCCCGCCGCCUGCACCAGGAGGCCCUCCAGGAGGCCCGCCGCCUGCACCAGGAGGCCCUCCAGGACCGGGACCAGCAGCGCCAGGAGGCCCAGGACACCAGGAGGCUCCUGGGGGACCAGAGGGAGGAGAGGGAGGCCCUCCACGCCUCCAACCAGGAGCUGAGGGCCGCCGUGAAGAGGGCCGAGAGCGACAACAGCAGUCUGCGGCGUGCGGGGGAGGAGACGGAGCAGACUGUGUGUGUGCUGGAGGAGGGCAGGAGGUCUCUUCAGGAGGAGGCCUCCACCCUGCGCUCCACCCUGAGGCAGCUGGAGAAGGCCCGCAUGCAGUGCCGCCGCGAGCUGCAGGAGCUGCGCCGGCAGGUGAAGGUCCUGGAGGCGGAGGGCCGGCAGCAGAAGGAGGAGCUGCAGGAGGUGCACAGCCGGCUGUCCCAGGAGGAGCAGAAGGAGGAGGAGGCGCGGCGGGAGGCGUUCACUCUGAAGCAGAGGGUGGUGGAGUGCGAAGCGGGAAGAGAGGCGGCCCUGAAGGAGUGCGCUGGCUUCCAGCGGCGUGUCGGUGAGCUGGAGGCGGCGGAGCGGCAGGUCAGGGUGUCCCUCCAGGAGAAGGAGGCGGGGCUCCAGGACUCGGAGCGGCGGCGCCGGGAGGCGGGCCAGCAGCUGGAGCGCGCGGCGGAGGCGGCGGAGGCCCGGGCCCGGGAGCUGGCGCUGGGGGCCGGCCUGGCCGAGGGCCGCGCCCGGGGCCUGGAGGACCAGCUGGGCCUGGCCGAGGCCGCCCGGCGCGAGACGGACCUGAGGCUGAGGGCCCUGUGGUCCGCGGUGCGCUGCGGCCUGGGCCUGGGGGGCCGGGCCGGGCCAGCCCGCAGCCAGGGGGCCCGCAGAGGAUGGUCCCCCUCCCCGUGGAGGAGCUACCCUCCGGCCCCACGGGCAGAAGGGUUCCCAGACAGCCCGGGCUCCUCGUCGCCGGGCUCUGAGGACCAGGAGGUGGGCGUGGAGGGGGUACAGGGCGCCCUGCGAGCGCUCCACCAGGAGCUCCGGGACACCCAGAGAGACAGGGACGAGGCGACGUCCCAGACCUCCAGCCUGGGUGAGCGUCUGAAGGAGCUCCAGACCAGCCAGGAGAGGUCUGCUGCCCAGCUCCUGCAGCUCCAGGCAGCUCUGAAGGACUCCGUGGAGGGUGAGAGAACCAGGGGAACCAUGGCACAGAACCACCACAUACAAGGGCAAGCGUGGAGGCGUCUGACCAGCUGCUGCGGGGUGCAGAGCUCCCUGUGCGUGCAGGAGGAGGCGUGGCGGCAGGCCCAGCAGGAGAAGAGGAGCCUGGGGGAGGAGCUGGUCAGGCUGAGGGUGGGCCUCCAGAAGGCCGAGGCCGAGGCCAGGAGCCUGCAGGUACAGGAGGGACCCCCCGGGACUGGGACCCCCCCCAGACAGACAGGGAGGAAACGAGCGGCUUGCAGUCCUCGGAGGCCGGCGGCGGCGGCCGGCCUCCAGCGGCAGCGGGAGGCCCGGGAGGCGGCGGAGGGCCGGGCCGCCCAGCUGGAGGCCGCCCAGCGCGGGGCGGAGGCGGAGCGGCAGCGGGCGGCGGGCCGCGGCGCCGAGCUGGACGGCCAGCUGGGGGCGCUGCGGGGCCGGCUGGCGGAGCGGGGGGAGGAGCUGGGCCGCAGCGAGGAGCGCGGCGCCGCCCUGGAGGAGCGGCUGGCGGCGGCGCUGGCCCGGGCGGAGCUGCAGGAGGCGGGGCUGAGGGAGGAGCUGCGCCGGGCGGCGGGCUCGUUGUCUAGCAACCGCAGGAGCGCCGGCGCCCUGCAGGAAGCGGGGCAGCUGCAGCGGGUGCUGGCCGCCAGCCAGGAGGACCGCAGGGUGCUGCAGGAGCAGCUGGACGCCCUGCGGGACGGCCUGUCGGAGAGCCAGCGGCUGAACCAGGCGCUGACGGAGCGCGCUCUCAGCCUGCAGACGGCCCUGGAGACGCAGCAGCUGGAGGCCGCGGAGCGGCAGAAGCAGAGCAGCGCGCCUGAAGAGGCGCUCAAGCGGCAGAAGGAGGCGGGGCUAGAGGCCCACAGCUCCGCCCAGCAGCUUCAGCAGGAGAGGGAGGGGCUCCAGGAGAGGCAGAGCCUCCAGAUCACCGUGACGACGCUGCAGACGGAGCGCGGCGAGCUGGAGCGGAGCGUCGCACGGCUGGGGAGGGACAAGGCCACGCUGCGCAAGGCCCUGGAGAAGGCGGAGUUGCAGAGGCUAAGGAGCGAGGAGGAGGUGGUGCUGGGCGGCCAGGAGAAGGAGCGCCUGCUGGAGGCACUGCGGGCCCUUGAGCGGGACCUGACGGAGAACCAGGUGGAGCUGCAGAGCCUGCAGGCGCGGUACUCGGAGCUGGGCCACGCCCAGUCCCAGCGCCUCCUGGAGGAGACGGCGCGCCACGCCCAGGAGAUGGAGGCGGAGACGGGCCGGCUGCGGGCCGCCGGACUGCAGGCGGAGCGGGCCCUGGAGACCCGGGAGAAGGCCCACCGCCAGCGGGUCAAGGGCCUGGAGGGCCAGGUUCUGACGCUGAAGGAGCAGCUCGAUGAGGACGUGAGGCGGCGCCAGGCCCGGAGCCACAAGGUCCUGGGGUCCAAACACUGACCCGGCAGCAGGUCCUGGGGUCCAGACACUGACCCGGCAGCAGGUCCUGGGGUCCAGACACUGACCCGGCAGCAGGUCCUGGGGUCCAAACCGGACAGUCAUCGUUUAUCCCACAAGGUGGGACUUAACACUUAUCCAGCACUAUGCUGGGGUCCACACCCCCAAGGUGCAAGAGUUCAAAUCCAGCUCUUAGCUUCAAUCCUUCAAGGUUCUAGCUCUCUAACUCAACUCUAAUCAGAGCUGGGGUUGAAUCCACUAUGGUGCUGGGACUCGACCCCAGCUCUCUUUCUCAGUCAAUACAAAAGAUGAUGAUUCAAACCCAACUCCUCACUGUGAUCCCAGAAGGGGCCAUGGGUUCCAACCAUAGAUAUGUAUAGAGCACUAGAUGGCUCGUCCGCGCUGCUGGCCAAUGGAGUCCAACGUCACCACUGGCGGCCAUCUUGCCACAGUCAGCCACUCACCCAUAGCAUUGUGUUGGUAGUGGUACAUGUACCUUUUAAAUAACCAUAACUUGCUCAAUUUCAAACCGAUUUUCAAACGGUUUGGUUUAUUAUAAACGUCAGAGAUGAGGUUAUGACACUGCAUACUUAUGAAUAAUUAUGUUAGGUUCUAGAAAAAUAGAAUAAUGUUCUAAAAUAGGUACAAGAUUAUAACCAAGAAGAAGAAGAUGGCCGCCUGUGAUGAUGUUCUAGACAUCUAGUGUUCUAUCUAUGGUUCCAUAAGUCAUCUUACAGGCUGCUGGGCCCUGAACCAAACUGUUAUGUUCUCAAAUAAGGUGCUGAAGUUCAAGCCCACACAUUCCUUGGGUCCGAACCUGACGUUGUUCCAACAAGGUGCUCGUGUCCAAACCCAGCUCUCAACUCGUUGGACCCACUUUAUUCCCUCACAUAUUCAGAUACAGUUGACCAGGGUCCAUACUGUUCUCACAGCCUCUAAAACGGUUUCAGAUAAUAAAUAGAAAUAGAAAUACUGCAUUUUGGUGAUUUCCCCUUGUUUUAACCUAACACACACACACACACACACACACAAACACACACACAAACACACACACACACACACACACACACACACACACACACACACACACACACACACACACACACACACACACCCCAACACUGACACACACACAGCCCCAAAUCCCCCCAUACACUCACACACACCCACGGCCACACACCCCGUCGAUUCAGCGUGCACACUGCGCUGGGGUUCAUGAAUGCAGGAAAGCAGAACACAACAAACAAUGGUGGUUCUGUUUAUCCGCGUUCACCGCCGGCCAAAAAAUGUUUGGAGGAUUUUCCCUGAGCUGGCGGACCACCUCUGGUCCGGUCCGAUCCGGGGAGCUGGGUUAUGAAACGGCCUCCGCUCAGCCCCCCCCCCCCCACACACCCCCCAGACCACGAGACACUCAUUGUCCUAAGGAGGUCGAAGCCCUUUGUCCCAAUGAGUUCUGGUGCCGCUCGAUGAGACGGGAAGAGAGCUUAAUAAUCCGAUGUUUACACUUCCCGGUCCCUGGGAUGACUGAUGCUGUGAGAGGUUUAAAACGUUGUUCCGCUCUUUGAUUCCUGAUUGUUUAAAAGGGUCGUAGUUAUGUGCCAUGAUUCCCAUACUUGAUUAUUGUGAAAUGUUUUGUGUGAUUAUGGAUCACGAAUGCCAAGGAUGUUUGUGUACUAAAUCCUCUUAAGUAUUUGUGUUUCUUGGCAACUUAGUAUAUCUGAGACUAAUGGUUAUCGAAUGAGCAACAUUAAAUCAAGUGUGUACUGAA